CCCAGCUGCCACUGCGCAGUGAGAAUGUUGAAUAUUUAAGCUUCUUACUCCCUCUCUCUCAGGAACAAACUUGAUCUCCAAGCUGAACCACUCUCUAUUUUUUUUCAAGAUGAACUCCAACACUCCGAUACCAUCCCCUUACUACGCCAACGACCGCCACAGAGUCCUCCUCAGUCUCCGUGUGCUGAGCAUCCUCACCUCCCUCGCUGCCUUGUCCACGUUGGCCUGGACAAUCCCCGCCCAUGAAAAUGUCAGCAACGAUGGCGUCGGGUCGGGCGUUACGCCCGGUGUCGUAGCUUCUACAGCAUACGCCUUCCUCUGGUCCAGCACCGUCCUAAUCCUCCGCUACAUCCUACACACGCCCAUCCACCCAGGCGUCUACCUCGCCUUCGACUUUAUCGCGUUUGGCCUGCUCGCCGGAUGCACAAUCGUCAUGGUCAUCAUGAUCGAGCCGUUUUUCAACUCGUCAUACGCCUGUGCGGUUGGGAAUAAUUGCGAUGGGGGACUGCUGGCGAGGGUCGAGUGGUUUGGGGCGUUCAUGGGGCUUGUUUGUUGUGCAAUUCAUCUCGGUCUGUUUGUUUGGGCUUGUUGGGCGACGGAUAGGGAGAGGAAGAUUGCGAAGGGUAGGAAUGUCGUCGCUCCUGGGAAGGAAGUGGCCUAGAUGCCUUCCAGGCAGCCAUGAACUAGAUGAGUUGAUGAGCAGAUGAUGAUGGUAUGAUUGAAGGGGAUGAACGAGCUGAAGGGAGCUCGUGCACCUGGAAUAAAACUCGGCGUGGUGCUGGACACAACGAUGACGCGGAUUUAUCGAUUCGGCGCUAAUGUCUAAUAUCUAAUAUCGCUUGUACAGUUAAUACUAUACACCAACGACCCUGUAAGGCGACAACGUUAAUAUCUAAUGAACAAUCGUC